AUGAUCGAUCCUACCCUUCUUGGCACAUUGCCAGAAGACGAGGACUGCGUCCUACCCGAGACCGCUUUCGAGGGACUUGACUUCGAAUAUGGCCGCCCAUUCCCGGCCUCUCCGUCGCCACCUAUCUUUCCCACUGGCGCUCCACUACAUACCGUUGAUUGGGCACACACUAUUGAUUGGGCAAAGGCCUACAAGCGAAAGGACGCCCUCACCAACGUUCCCGGAAAGCGUGCUACCGACGACGCGAUCAAGCGGAAGCAGAGCAGACGUAUCAAGAACGAGGACACCCGCAGAAAGAACGCGGUCACAAAUAUCACUAGACCAGCGUGGACGACGAUUUGGAAGAACAGGCGGUAUCAAUACAACUUGUCAGCCAACUUGGUGCUUAGCCCAUUUCAAGGCUGA